AUGCCCGGCAUUGACCUCGCUGGCACGUCUCCAGUCUCGCCAGAGCACUUGGAUCGGCCGUUAUUUAAGUCCCACAAGUCACUGCCUCGAAAAUCCGAUCUGGCGCCGAAGAAUGGCCAAGGCAUCCACAUAUCCACCGACCAAAAUGUCCCCCCUUCAAAAGGAGCUGCACUGGCUACGGCUCCCGCCCUCCCUCUGACUCCCCCCGGCAUGAGUCAAGACAAGACGCCUACCGCAAGCGAUUCAGAAUUGCCUCGAGGCGCUCCUUCUCAGUCCGUGAAUGAUAUAAUGACACCUUCCAAGCCCUCGCAUCCCCCAACUCCAGAAACGACACCACCGAGACUCACUCCCCAACGUCCGGGUAUCAAUCCGGUGGGUCAGACGCCCUCUUCGUCCCGAGCGGAGUCGUUCCAAACCGCCUACGAGAUAAUUUCCGACGGCGAAACUGAGAGGCCUCGUCGCUCCUCUCAAUCCCUUCGGCGCUCCGCAAGACAGAGAACGCCGUCUAAGAACGGGCCCUUGGAGCAACCAACCGAUGCAAAUUCCGGGCGGGAAGAUAAGAAGUCGGAAUACUCUGAAAUGCCUGCGCCACCAUCUCGACGAAAGAAACGUUCGGAAGACCGUAUCCCGAUCGCGCUUGAUCCGUCAGAGCCUUCGGAUCCUCGCCAUGUGAACGAAGCGGAUGCGAAUGCUCAUAACAGUUUGGAGGUUCCGCGAACGCGCGUGAGCAGUCUGAGGGAGCGAGUCCACGACUCGCCCGGCCCUAACGCUAGCCCGUCGAUGGAUCACUUCCGUGAACAGAUCGGCUGGCCGUCUGGGGAACGUCCACCGGACCCCGUCGACUCCGACGAUACUCGCCGACACUCAGGCGUGUCCACGUCGUCGACCGUCGGAGCCAUGAUCAUCGACUCGCCACAGCCGACCAAGCCAACCCUCCGCCACAGCGAGAAGAGAGUUUCGUUGCGAUCCGCCAGUUCCCCCGUGACGCGCUCGGAACGUUCUUCGCUGGUUUCAAACCCUGAUUCCCAUCGUCGAUUGGUUCACAAAAUCGCGCGCAUCACGGAGAAUGACCGCAGAAGCAUCGCAUCGGACAUUUCGGCCUCGGGAAGCUCAACCUUGGGGGUUCCUCGGCAGCAUUACGAGGUAGUUCCGGUGGUUGUCAUUCCCGACCGACGCUCUUCGCUCAAAUCUUCGACCUCUACGAGCAGAACCCCUUCGAAGACCAGCUCUUCCCGGCGAUCAAGUCGGCGUGCACCACCUACCUCGACCAGUCGACCGGGGUCAAUCGAUGUUCCUCGCACGAAAAAGCGCACCAUGUCUGAUUCAAGCGGCACGACUCGCCGUCCAAGCGUAGACUCCCGAGGUCGCAGUCUCGCGCGGCCGGUCAUUCCUCCCCGCAGCUCGUCCUUGUCAGCACCCACGAGCCAGAACAACUCCCGGUCUACGUCACUCACUUCGGAGAGCCUUCGGAAUCAUACCCUGGCGAUGGAUCUUGAAGCGCAGAACAUACCUGCUGAGCUACCGGUUUCGGCCCCGGCCCCUGUGAAGAAGGCUCGUGGUCCCGGCGUGGUCCCGGAUGUCGCUCCCAAAACUCAUUCUAUCUUGAUUGGGGUGGAGGAUAUGUCUCACUUGCGUCCGCCGUCAGCACCUUUCACGGCCAUCUCGAUCCCAUCGUCAUCCCCGGGGCCAGUCGAGAUCAACGAAGCCACAACUGUGCUUUUCUUCCCCCAUAAUAACGAAUCCCUGUUGCUAGUCGAUCCACAGAUGCAGUCUGUACAUCACGGGCGGUUGCCCCGAAUGGCUUAUCGAAGCAGUCUUGGAAAACCGCGAACCCCUGAAGUGCAAACGCCAGAUAGAUCCGAUUCGGGUGAGAUGGGCUCGCCAUUGAAGAAUCCUCGCCGGCCACCGAAACCACCCGUUCACGACUCUGACAAUCCAUUGAUGCCGGUGGACGUGGUGGAUCCUCAACCGGGCGAACCGCAGAAUACUCAGGACACCCAUGACCAUCCCCAGCCCACUCCCCGACAUGGCGCUCGGCGCUCUUGGCGAGUGCGGCCCGGAUCUGAAUCCUUCAAUUCGUUUACGCGAUCCCUGUCGCUGAAGUCGGCGAAGAAUCGUAAAUCUGGGAAAGAAAUCGACGACAAGCUCCAACCUUUCUGGCGACCUCGACGAUUCUGGGAAGACUCCUCUGAGACGGAAGGCGAUUCUCCUCGGGAUGAGACUCCCCAAGCUUCUCGAUCGGAAACAGACCAGGUGAUCAAGAACUCGCUCGGAAUGCCUCAACCGCGAGUGGCCUUCGAAGGACCGCCAAUCUCUCGCCGCAGCCCCGACCCAAAACGACGAUUCGACGGGACGCCGGCCCGUCGGAGUGCCCUCGUGGGCAGCGGAGUGUUCACGCCCGAGGCCCUGUAUUCUCAGACCUCGCUUCACCAGCGACACUUCCGAUCCCUUUCGUGGUGGCGAUUGCGGUUCCGCUUUGGCAACGCACGAGACUUCCGUCGACGCCUGAGGCGCCAACUGCAAAGACGCGCGGAGGGCAAACGCGAGGCCCGACGAGAACGACUCAAGCAGAGCAUUGGGGAGGCGGUUUUUGUGGAUUCCAGCACCCAAACACGGAGUAUGAUCCAGUGA